UGCUCUGCCAACUAGUCGACCUCUCGGAACAUGGUAAACCCACCUGAGUAAACAAGUGUUACCUGCUAUAUAGGAGGACCGCUCAAUAUGGACCUCCUCGAGAAAAGGAAAUUCGACGUCUCCCGAGGCUUCACAUACACAUAUUAUGUCAAUGUCGCGAAACGCAAUCUUCCCACCUUGUUCAUGAUCCAUGGCUUCCCGGACUCACCUGAAGAGUUCUCCGACGUCGUCCGCGAUUACCUUCUUCCUCACGGCUACGGGGUUAUCGCAAUCGACUGUCUAGGUUAUGGCGGAACCUCGAAGCCGUCAGACCGAGAAGCGUACAACUACCAGCUACUGUCGCAAGACAUGAAGGAGAUCAUCGACCAAGAAGGUGUCGAGAAAGUCAUCAGCACGGGACACGAUUGGGGUUCCCCCCUCGCUCAACGUCUCUACAACUUCCACGCCGAGCGCGUCGAGGGUCUGGUAUUGCUCAACGUGGCAUACAACGUGCCGUCCGCCAAACCUUUCAGUCUCGACGCACUCAUCCAAAUAACAACCAAGAGCUUUGGGUAUGGCACGAACUGGUACUGGGAGUUGUUCACCGCUCCCGACGGAGCGGCCGUCUUAAAUUCCCACCUCGACUCCGUGUGGACUUUGUUCCACGCCGCCAAACCAGAGCUCUGGCUGGAAACGGUGUGCAAGGAAGGCGGGACGCGUGACUUUGUCGAGCAGGACAAAAAGGUCCCCGUCAUGUCCUAUGCCACUGAAGCGCGUCGUCGCGCCUGGUUCGAAAGGUUCGCGGAUGGGGGAUUGGACGCGCCGCUCAACUACUACCGAGCCGCCACCUUUGGCUCCCAAGACGAGGCGAUGAAGGCCAUCCCGCGCGAGAACUACGUCGUCAAGGUGCCACAUUUCUUCUGGGGCGGUACCAAGGAUUACAUCUGCCGCACCGAGGUGUGCGACUUCAGCCACAAAGCCGGGUGGACGCCGGACUGUACAAAAGUCGUCGUCGACUCGGGACAUUGGGCCCAUCUGGAUCGACCCAAGGAGUUUGGGGAGGCGUUGCUGGCUUGGCUCAAGGCGAAAUUUCCCCAACCACGUCUUUGAGAUUCAAUCAGGUGAGGGAGGAAGCGUGGUCUUUCUUUAAGAAAAAAUUUCUUGAGUUCGACUGUUUCAGAUUGAUGCUUGAUAUAUAUGAGAUCUACU